AUUUGACAUCGUCCUCCUCUCAGUCUAGGCGUCCUCUCUCUCUCUCUCUCUCUCUCUAUCUUUCUCGACGGACAGAGAGAGAACAGACAAAAAGAGAGAAGCUCGAUAGCUGCCUGCGACAGUGGGAGGAGAAAAUAGACCCAGAGAGAUAGAGAGAGAGAGAGAGAAGGCAGAAGAAGCACAGCCAUGUCUCAGCAGCGGACCAAUACCCAAAAGCCAUGACCCCACCCACCCUACUCUCCAUUCCCCUCUCCUCCCGAUCCCCUCCUCCCCUGAAUCCCAUCAUCCCCAAUGCCGCCGUCCCCUCCGCUGGCUCGCUACUGAGCUCCGGCCUCCUCCGUCAUGCCCCCGCCGCCUGAAGAACACUACUCUUCUAGCCUCUUCUGCGGAGAGGACCCCUGCCAGGCCGUCUCUCCCCACGACCCCUACAUCCCGAUCUCCGACCACCAGCCGCCGCUGCCGCCGCCACUCCCCGUGCACUCCCACAUUCUCCUUCUGCCGCCUCCCGACGAGGCUGUGGUCGGGGAACUCAUCGACCGCGAGUCUCGGACCUUGCCCCAGGGAGACUACCUCCACCGCUGCCGGGCCCGCUCCAUCAACCUUACCGCCAGGCAGGACUCCAUCAGCUGGAUUCUCAAGGCGUUAACGCAGGUGCAUGCUCACUAUCACUUCCGGCCAGUCACGGCCCUGCUCGCCGUCAAUUACCUCGAUCGGUUCCUCUCGGUCCACUCACUCCCGGAACAUGAGAACGGCUGGCCGUUUCAGCUCCUGUCGGUGGCGUGCCUGUCUCUGGCAGCCAAGAUAGAGGAACUAUACGUGCCGCUGCUGCUGGACCUCCAGAUAUGCGACCCGAAGUUCGUGUUCGAGCCGAAGACGGUCCAGAGAAUGGAGCUGUGGGUCAUGGCCAAUCUCGACUGGCGGCUCCACUCUGUCACUCCCUUCGAUUUCCUCAACUUCUUCGUGUCGAAUAUGCAGACGCCUUCCACCUCGUCUCAACCUGACCCGUGGUCGCCCUCCCAGAUCUUGGCGUCGGCCUCCGAUCUCAUUCUGCGCACCCCGCGCGCGAUCGAUUUCUUGGGCUUUACGCCAUCGGAGAUAGCGGCCGCGGCGGUUCUCUCCGCCGCCGGCGUGGGCGCGGGAUCACCGAUAACCUUUCACGAGAGGGUGAACAAAGAAAUGGUGAGGAGCUGUCAUCAACUAAUGGAGGAGUACCUGGUGGACACGUGUCCGACAGCGUGGUUCAAGCACGUGGAAGCCGAGCCAGCUGCGGGACCGCCGCCGAGCCCCGUGGGCGUGCUGGACGCAGCCGCCUGCGGGAGCUGCGACACGAGGCCUGACAACCCAAGCGCCAGUGGCGGAGCCGAGCCGCCGCCGCCUCCCAAUAAGCGGCUUCGAUUAUCUGCCCCGGAUGUACAGGAACCGUAGAUAAGACCUCCAAUCAUAUCCCUUCUCUUUUCUCUCUAUUAGUAUCUUUUUUUGUUUUUCGUCAGGGGAGAGAAGAAAAGAAAAGGUUAAUAAUUUUUGUCCCUAAAAAAAAAAAAAAGAACAGUUCCAAUAUUUUUCUUCAUUUCUGGUAUUAUUAAUUAUGGAAGCAUUAGAUGGACGGCCACGAUCAGAGUUGGGAUGCUGAGGUUCUGGAGAGUAAGAGAGAAUUUUGACAUUUAUUGAUUAUUAUAAUAUUUUUGUGGAAAAAUGAUAUUCAUAAUUUUAUAAUAUUUUUUAAUGGGUAUAUAUAUGCUGAGUCAUAAAAUUACUUUUCUCC